AUGGAUGAACAAAGCAACAGUGCUGAAUAUAAGUCGACGGUAAUGUUAAGACCUGAAGCAGAGUCAACAAUAAAAUGCAUGGCUUGCAAUAGUUAUGGAUGUAGCGAUAUAAAAUAUGACAUUCAUGUCACAGAUGGAAUUUCUAAUAAGGCAUAUGGAAUUAUAAGGCCAAAAAUGAAGUUUCUUGUAGGUCAAAAUAUUUCAUUAGUAUGUUUUGCUGUCAUUCGUGAAUUUUUCAAGGUAAAAUGGUAUUAUGAUGAACCAGAAAACGUUUUAAAUUCUAAAAAAAUUCACGUCUUGUAUAAGAAAACUAACUACAGUUACCGUGCCAUCUUGUCGAUUAAAAAUUUGAGCCGUUCAGAUGAAAAGAAUUAUUACUGUUCAUUUAUCGGUGCCAAAAUCAUCGAUGAAGAAAUAUUUCCACUUGAGGUCAAUGACUUUUCAUUCUUAGUUCCAGCUUACUUUGUUCAUGGAAACAUAAAUAACCUUUCAAUAACACGAUAUGCAAUAGAUCCAGAGAAUCCGGUCUAUUUAUUAUGUCAUUUCGAAGGAAUUCCAGCACCUACUAUUACGUGGUUUAAAGACGGCACAUCUUUAUCGUCAUCGAAACAGUUUAGUUUAGAGGAUAGAAAUCAAAAGUUAAUUAUACGAUAUCUUUUGGAACGUGACAGUGGUAAUUAUUCAUGUGUUGCAGAGAAUGGCUUUGAGCCAGUAAAGAAAACUCAAACAAUAGUUGUAAAAGCUGGCUUUACGCAUUUUCAAGAAGGAGCAGUUGAUUUAAUGAACCCAGAUUUAACCGUAGACGAGCAGGCAGAACUUCUUGCUUACGACAUUAGAUGGGAGUUUCCUAUUGAGAAAUUAAAAUUAGAUAAGCAAUUAGGAAGUGGGGCUUUUGGAGUUGUGUAUAAAGCAGAGGCCUAUAGAAUUCUCCCUAACGAGUCGGUCACAACGGUAGCUGUCAAAACUAUUCGCAAAAAUGCAGACUCAAUGUAUUUAAGUGCACUGGCAAAGGAGCUUAAAAUUAUGGUUUAUUUAGGACAACACUUAAAUGUGAUCAAUCUUCUGGGCGCUUGUACCAAAAAUAUAGCCAAACGUGAACUUUUGGUGAUUAUUGAGCUUUGUAGAUUUGGAAAUCUUCAAAGCUAUCUCGUGCGUCAUCAAAAAAAUUUUAUUAACCAAAUUGAACCAACUACAGGUAAAAUCGACACUUCUAUGGGAAAAAAUUUAAAGAGAAAAAGACACGAGAUCUAUGAAAGUUUAUUUACCGCCUUGUCUGAUAGCAGUCCAAACGAUAAGCACACCAUUCACUAUUCAGAAACUCAGAAAUUCAGCGGCCCAAUUGAAUCCAGUGAUGAUUUUAUGGAUGAAGACUCUGAGCCAGGUUGGCGUUCUAAUUACGAAGGUGAUUACGUAGAAGAAGACUUGUCGUUUCUUUGCACUGAGGAUCUUUUGUUAUGGGCUUAUCAGGUGGCAAACGGCAUGAAGUUUCUUUCAGAAAGAAAGGUGCUGCACUGUGACUUGGCUGCAAGAAAUAUACUGUUAGCAGAUAACAACAUCGUCAAGAUCUGCGAUUUCGGUUUAGCCAAGACAUUGUACAAGGACGAAAACUAUAAGAAGCAAUGCGAUGGGAAGUUACCCAUAAGGUGGAUGGCCAUUGAGUCCAUCAGAAACGGAGUCUUUUCUACUAUGUCAGAUGUGUGGUCAUUUGGUGUAGUACUUUGGGAAUUUUUCUCUCUUGCACAAAUACCUUAUUCAGGCGUAGGGUUUGAGGUGAUGUAUCAGAAAUUAAUUAGGGGAUACAGAAUGUCUAAGCCCACUUAUGCCACCGAUGACAUAUAUAAUAUAAUGCUCCAUUGCUGGGAGGAAGAGCCGACAUCCAGACCGUCGUUCACAAUGUUGGUUGAAAGCAUUGGAAAACUUUUACAAAAUAAUAUUAAAACCCAUUUUCUGAGAAUUUAUCAUGAAUACGAAAAUUUUGANUAUGCUCCAUUGCUGGGAGGAAGAGCCGACAUCCAGACCGUCGUUCACAAUGUUGGUUGA